AUGCAUGCCAUAUUUUUUGCCAUGGGACCAUCUAUAAAGAAGCAAGUGGUAUUACCACCUACUCAAAGUAUCGAGUAUCUGAAUUUAUUCAUUGAUCUUCUUGGCUUACCGCAUGAUGUACCUAACAAUGGAACAAUAGGUAUCAUGGACGAGAUUCUUGUCAACCCACCUUUUAGGACACCCUACUUCCAUUUUCCUUUAAACGAGUGUCCUGUGUUGGGUCCAUCUGCUGCCGUUGGAUGCAGUAAAAGUUACUGUUCUUCUGAGCAGAUGACUCGCCUUAAUGCGAAAUUAGCCUGCAACGCGCCUCUAGCAUCUCCAGUUGAAAUAUCGUCAACCAUCCCUAGAUGUUUUCAAAACUACUGUGAAAAAUACGUCAUCACUGAAAGCGCUAAAGGUCCUACUGCCGCAGUCCUCGAACGAAUUGUAAGGAAAGAACAAAGUUUUUCUUCUAAAUGCGAAUUCGUGAGUUUGAAGUACGGUAGCCCUUGCGAAGGAAAGUCGAAUGCCACGGGAUAUGUUUCAAAAAGUCUCUCUGCUGACUCUCUAUCAGAGCUGGCGAACAUACAGUCUAUUAUAAUGACUUGGGAAAUCGAAUUCAAUUCGGAUAUUUUGGAGCCUCUAAACGAGUAUACUAAAUCUACCGUGCAGAGACUUGAGCAACUUGUGGUAAUUACUGGAACCGCAUUUGACUCCAAUCUCGAUGGCAUUGCUGACACGGUUAAAAUGAGGUUAUUUUGAAA